CGCGCUGUUCAUUGGCUGGAAGUCAGAUGUGGUGGGCUAGCGUCGUCCUGUAUAUUUCCAUGAGCAGGGCAUAUGUCUUUAUGCAAGUACUUUAUGUACCUUCCCCCCUUGUAUACGCGAUGCACAACUGCACAACUGCACAACUACCGUACCCGCGCUAUCCACGAUCAAAGUGCUCUUCCCAGACUGCCCCCCACGCGCUCAUCCAUCCAUGGAAUUGAUUCCAUCCCAUCCACCAUCCAUACUUCACUCAAAUCUGCAAUGCCAUGGGCGCCCAAAGCGGACCCCUCCGCCCUCCCGAUCAGACCAUCAGCACUGUAUCUUCGUACUCCACUCCUCCCUCUCCACCAUUCCCAACUCUUAUCUGCCCAUUUCCAGCCAACCGCUGCAUCAAUAAGACCUCCGAGGUACAUGUCCCUAUCUACAAGACAAUGGUCCCCCCUUUCAUAUCUUCCCACAAUCUCCCUCUUGUCUCUCCGUCCGGCUUGUCUCGGAUGGCGUCGGAUACACCCAGCCCUCUCUGUCUGCUGUGCGUCUAGCGCUCGUCGUGUGAUUGGAUGCCAGGACUGGACGUCUUGGGAUGAAUGCGGGGAGAGCGCCAGGGAAGGGGAGGUAGGUGCGGGUGCAUGAUUCGCUGUGAACUCGAGUGGGUUCAUAACAACACCUUUCUUCUGUUGUUGUUUAUUUCCUUUCUUUGCCCGCCCGCCACGCUGGUAUCUCUUCUCAUUUGCUCACGAGAGAUGACAGGAGUCAGGUUGACCCGUGUGAGGUGGCAUCGGGCGCUGACA